GGGAGCAGCAGCGAGACAUUUCAAGGUCAGAAAGACUGGAGUGCUGCUUGUGCACCAUGAAAAUAGGGCCCUAUGACAUACAGAAAAAGAGAGGAGGGAGGUCCAUGUCCAAGAGAUAUAGACAAGUAGGAGGGGAGCAAGAAGAUAAAAGAACUGUGUAAGCAAGAGAUUGUUCAGAAAGCUGCCAGAGCUCAGCAGCUUCUCCUCUUUCUAUCUUUCUAAUGGCUGAGACUGUGGAGAGAGUUGAGCUCUGCUUUCCACAACUCAACUCCUCCUGCAGGAAGCCAGAACCCCCUAACACUAAUACUGUGCUUAUUUACAUUUUGUUGUCCUUCAUCUCUUUGCUCACUGCAGCUCUCAACCUGCUGGUCAUCAUAUCCAUCUCCCACUUGAGGCAGCUCCACACUUCCACCAACCUCCUCCUCCUCUCUCUGGCUGUCUCAGACUUUCUUGUGGGCCUUCUGGUGAUACCCGUUGAAAUCCUCUUGACAGAGACCUGCUGGAUCCUGGGUGACAUCAUGUGUGCUCUGUAUUAUGUUUUACCUAUCAUAAUAAUCUCUGCCUCCGUAGGAAACAUGGUGCUCAUAUCAGUCGACCGCUAUGUGGCUAUUUGUGACCCUCUGCAUUACCCCACAAAAGUCACAAAAAAAAUAGUUAUAAUAUGUAUUUGCCUGUGUUGGAUUUGUUCUGUUUUCUAUAGCAUUAUCCUUUUAUAUGAUAACCUGAAGCAACCAGGCAGGUAUAAUUCCUGCUAUGGAGAAUGUGUGGUAAAUAUUACAGGGGCUGUUGACCUUGCUUUGGGCUUCAUCAUUCCCAUUUCUGUCAUCAUAGUUCUGUAUAUGAGAGUAUUUGUGGUGGCUGUGUCUCAGGCUCGUGCUAUGAGGUCUGGCAUUGCAGCUGUUUCACUCCAGCAUUCAGUGAAAAUAACUGUUAUGAAAUCUGAGAUUAAAGCAGCCAGGACUCUUGGUAUUGUUAUAGUUGUGUUUCUGAUGUGUUUCUCUCCAUAUUACUGUGUGUCUCUCACAGGCCAGGACAUCUUGGUCCGUUCUACAACUGAGGCCUUCAUGAUUUUUCUGAUGUAUUUUAACUCUUGUCUAAACCCUGUCAUAUAUGCCUUUUUCUACCCCUGGUUUAAAAAAGCUGUUAAACUCAUUGUUACUCUUCAGAUACUGCAGCCUGAUUCCUGUGAGGCCAACAUACUGUAG